GGGGCUACGAUCUUGUUUCAGCUGUUAUAUAGAAUGUGGUUAAACAAAAUUGAUAAACUUCUGAAUAUUAGAAAUUUGUAUUAAAUAGAAAUAAUAACCUUUUUUUUGUUUGUCAUUAUUGUAUUUAUAUUUAUAUAAAUAAGUAUUUGUAUAUAAAUAAAAAAAAACAAUGAAUAUAGUAUCGUGCACCACGUGGGUUAGGAGAGGUGUUGCUGCAGCUGUUCCUGAAAAGGUUGAACUAACAACAAAAGAAUUAGAAGAAAUUAUCAAACAAACACAAGUUGCUUUGCAGGACGAUGAUUCGGAUAAAGAAGAAGAAGAACAAUUAAUUAAAGAUAAAACUAAUUUGGAGAAAAAUAAGAUUGAAAAUGAGCACGAUGUGAAUAAUAGUUCUAUGGAAGUAGAUGAAUAUGAUUUUGAUAAAUAUGAUAAAGAAAGCGGUGAUAUACAUUGUAGUAUUGGCAAUAUAGUGUCAUUUGGAGAAGACGGUAAAGAUCCUCUUAUAAAAUCAGAAGAAACAGACGAUGAUUCAGAGAAAGAAGAUGACAUAAUUAAAAGCGAUGAUAAUCUAGUUUUGAUAGGACACAUUGACGGUGACGCCAGUAUAUUAGAAAUAUUUGUGUAUAAUGAAGCAGAAGGUUCUUUUUAUUGUCAUCAUGAUAUACUAUUACCAUCUUUUCCAUUAUGUAUCGAAUGGCUUAGUUUUGACCCAAGUGAUCCAAUGCCAGCCAAUUUAUGCGCAAUUGGAAGUAUGACUUCGAUAAUUGAAGUUUGGGAUCUUGACCUAAUCGAUUGUUUAGAACCAGCUUUUAAACUUGGAAGAAGACCAAAUAAAAAAAAAAAAUUGACUCGUAUAGGUCAUAGGGAUGCAGUGUUAGAUUUGGCAUGGAAUAAAAAUUAUACACAUAUAUUAGCAAGUGGUUCGGUUGACCAAACUGUUUUACUGUGGGAUUUAGAAAAUGGCAAGCCUGCAACUAAAUUUAAUUCUUUCAAUGAAAAAGUUCAGACUCUUGAAUGGCAUCCAUCAGAAACUCAUCACCUCUUAACAGGAUGUGCAGACAGAUUUGCAAGGCUGUUUGAUUGCAAAUUAGAAAGCAAUGCUAAAGAGUGGCAAACACCUGGAGAAGUAGAACGAGUUUUGUGGAAUCAUUUUGAUCCAAAUUAUUUUCUUAUUAGUACAAAUAAUGGUUACCUUGAAUAUUAUGACAUAAGAGAAGAUUCACCAAUUUGGCAAACCAAGGCUCAUGAAGCAGAAAUUACAGGAUUAUCUCUUAGCUCAUCAUAUCAAGGACUAUUAGUUACUUCAUCGAAUGAUAGCAUAAUCAAAGUAUGGGAUAUUCUUGAUAGCAAAGAUCCAUCCAUUAUAUGGGAAAAGAAGACUAACUUAGGUGCACUGCAAUGUCUUGCAGCAAAUCCAGAUAUUCCACUUGUAUUUGCUGUUGGUGGCGACAACAAAUCUCAUAAUUUUAAAGUUAUAGAUUUGUCUGAAAUAUCAGCAGUUAAUGAUAGAUUUAAAAAGAAAGAAAACUCUGUAAAGAGUGAAAGCCAAGGUACAAAAGAAGAAAUGAUGGAAGUGACUGAAGAUAUGGGAUCCAUGGCAUUAAAUAUGGUUAAUUCUUUGGGAACUAGUAAAAAAAGAAAAAAAUAAGAAAUCAAUAAUAAAUUUGGUUUGAAUUUUUAUAUAAGAGAUGUAAAUAAUUUACCUAUACUGUACAUUCAUUAUGUACAUAAUAUAAAUAUCAUAUAAACAUACUUUUCCUACAAA